UAACCUUAUCGUCGCGAUAGAAUAUUGUUCAUGAUCCUUCUCCAAUCUCCUCCAGGAAUGCCCAUAGAUUCCGAUCCGACGACCCUCUCUCCUUCCAUUCUGCCGCCUUCCUCCUCACCCCGUCGCCUCGAUCACCCGUCCUUGCGGAGCUCGGCAGUCACCCCCAUCCCCCAUGUGACCUCCGCCAUCCUCGCGUUCGUCGCCUGGUCCGACAGCCGCGGGGCGCCCACCAUCGGAACGCCGCAUGAUAGGCUCUCCAGCAUCGAGUUCCACCCGCAGUGGGUCACGAAGCAGCCCACCGCGGUAUGGGACAGCGCUUUCACCUGCGAGCACCACUCGACCACCAGACCUUGUUCCCCUCCUCCCUCCAGCUCCACGCCCGCCUCCUACCUGUUGUCUCGCCGUACCACCAACAGGUAUGGCCUCCUGUUCUGCGCCAGGCCCGCUGAGAGUUCCACCAGCUCCCGCUUCGUGAAGUAGUGCAAGCUUCCGAAGGAGACGUACACCACCGACCGCUGCGGCUUCGAGUCCAGCCACUCCACGUAUCUCUUCUCGUCCGGCUUGCCGGUGCUUGGAUCGGACUCUUUUAGGUUCAUGAGAGUUUCCCUUUUUCAAUGGAAAGGAUCUGCCCCUGAUUCUCGGACCAUUGGUUCAGAAAACCAGCAGAGUUCAGUUGUUUUUCCGAAAGGGAAUCCGAUCCCAAGUGUCAAAGCUCUUGCAUUUUAUAGAUCUAGUGCUUUCACAGUUGAUGCUGUGUAUGCUGAUGUGGGUGACAUGCAAGUUCCAGCAAAAAUUAGCACAUACACAAUUGGUCCUUUCCAGACCAGCAAAGACGAGCGUGCUAAGUUAAUAGUUUCUAUUGAAUCUCCAUGGAAUUGUUUCUAUUGAGCCAGCCACUAUGUUGGAAGAAGAGGAAGUUGAAGUUGCAACAUCGGACGUGGCAGAGCUGACAAAGUAAUCUAUGGACAUGGAUGAAGCAACAAAUGCUUCCUCAAAAACUGAAAAUGAUGUAGACGUGCAGGAAGCUAAUGGAACCACUGACAAUUCUAGUGAUGGGGUCGAGAAUGGGGCACCAGAGGCCGGGGAAAAGCCUGUUCAGAUGGAUACAGAUUCGAAGGUAAUAAAUGAAUGUGGAGAAGCAGAAGCAUGGUUAUGGGAGAAGAAACAGCAGCAGGAUGCUUUACCUAAAUAUGCCAAUCCAGUUCUUCUUUCUCGAGAUCUAAAGAGAAAAGCUGAGACACUAGACAGGUUUUGCAAGCCGAUAAUGACAAAGCUGAGGCCACCUCCAGCCAAGCCACAGCCUUCUCCAACUGAGACACCACCAGCUCAACCUCAAACGGCUGAGCAGCAGCAAGCGACCGAUGGAAGCAGUCAGACACCACCUAUCUUUACACUACAUUGUUACUAUGUUAUAGUGAUAGUGCAAUAUAAAUAAAUGCAGUUCAGUUUGA